AUGGUGUUUUUACAAAAUAUUUUAUUUAAAGAAGCACGGAAGAAGAUUCGGAAGUACAAACCAUUUCUUGAUUCUCUUCGAAUAACAGUUGAGGGUGGUCAUGGAGGAAAUGGAAUGCCAAAAUAUGGUGGAAUUGGAGGACAAGGUGGUGCUGUAGUGUUCAAAGCUUCAGAACAAAUGACUCUUAAGAGGCUAUGGAAGUUGUAUCCAAGCAUGAAAAUCAAAGGAGGAAAUGGAGAGGACAGCAAUAAAAAUCGUUUGAUUGGUCGAAGAGGCACUGACUCAAUUAUUGAAGUUCCAACUGGUUUAACGCUUAUUGACGAGACGCAAAAUAAAAUCAUUGGAGAAAUCGACAAAGAAAAAUCAACUUGUCUGGUUGCUGGAGGUGGAAGUGGUGGCUGCUCUGGAAGUCAAUUUAUAGGACGUAAAGGACAACACAGAAAUCUAAGAUUGGAUCUUAAGCUCAUCGCUGAUGUCGGCUUAGUCGGAUUUCCAAAUGCAGGCAAAAGCACGCUUCUCAAAGCUCUUUCGAAAGCAAGACCGAAAAUUGCUUCUUAUCCAUUCACAACAAUUUUACCACAAAUUGGUACAAUUGAGUAUCAAGAUUAUCGACAAAUCACCAUUGCAGAUUUGCCUGGUCUCAUUGAAGGUGCACAUAGAAAUAUUGGAAUGGGUCAUCAAUUCCUUAAACAUGUUGAAAGAACGAAACUUCUCCUGGUUAUCAUUGACAUCUUUGGUUUCCAGCUGAGUCAAAAAUAUAUGAAGCGGAAUUGUCUUGAAAAUAUUUAUUCACUUAACAAAGAACUUGAACUUUAUGACCCAACAUUGCUUGAUAAACCGGCAAUUCUUCUUAUAAACAAGAUGGAUAUGAAUGGAAGUGAUGAAGAACAUCUUCGAUAUGAAAAGCAUUUCAGCGAUCUUUCAUUUGGUCUGAAAGAUUGUCCAACAGAUUUAAGACCUGAAAAACUUAUCAAAUUCGAACGCAUUCUGCCAAUUUCAGCAAAGGAAGAGACAAAAGUUGACACAGUCAAAGAAGCCAUACGAGAAGUUCUUGAAAAUGAAUAUGAAAAAAGAUUUGAAGAUGGAGAGAUAGAUGCUUUAGAUAAGAGAUUAGAAGUUAAAUUACGUGAACAUGGACCUAAAAUGGUUUAACUUUAAUAAAUAUAGAAUAUUUUAAUGAAAAGAU